AUGUAUUUUGUUUUAUUGCCAGCGGACAUGGAUUGGAUACUUCAGCGAUGUUCGGAAUAUAUUUACUUUCUUCGAUUAGCAUUGUCUUAUAAUCGGCCAAAGUUCUAUCCUAACCCAAUCUGGCAUCAACAUGCUACAACUUUCUCUACAGCCCAAACUUGGAAAUCAAGUGGUGAAAAAAUUGUUAAAAAUAGUUUCAACUGCCUUUACAGUUGUUGGUGGCGCACUGGUUUACCAGGAAAUAGUGCGAUUAUGUUGAAUGGACCGUGGGGUAGUUUUGUGAAUUACAAUUUUGAUUUAUACGUCGUAGAUUGUUUCAACCAUCGUAUUCAACUCUUUACAUUGAAUCGCCCAACAGCAGUCAUCCUUGAUGCCGAUAGUAAUUCGUUCAUCGUAGGUUGGAGCAAUCAUCGGAUCAUCGGAUCAGACCCAAAUGGUUUUCGAUGUAUAGUUGGGUGUACUGGCUCACCAGAUUCGACAUCCAUCACAUUCAAUAGUCCUAUCUCUAUGAGUUUUGAUUAUAUGCAUGGAAAUAUUUAUGUUGCUGAUAAGAAUAACAGUCGAAUUCAGCAAUUUAUGCUAUUGAACAGCACUUUGAUUUCAACUGUCGGUGAUCUUCGUGCUCAGCAAUGGUGCAAUGGCGAUCGACAAUUAUAUGCAUUUGAACGGCAGAAUCAAUCGUCACUAGAAGAUGAAUGCGAUAUUCUUAUUUACGUUGAAAACAUUUCUGAGAUCGAUAGCUUUAAAAAGUUGACAAAAAAAGAAACUCAAGCCGAACGAGAUUUACAAAACCGUGGAGAAUGUCGCUGUUCGGUUAAGCACUUUUCUGGGAAGAUGGACCAGCUGUUAAUUGAUUUGAAUCAGAUUUACACGGAUAAUAAGUGA